AUGCGUUUCAUUCAAGACCUUCUUGCCUUUGGCUCUCUGUUUGCUUUCGGCAUUACCGAAGCCUGUGCCGGAGCGAAGCCAGCCAUAAACAGCGACUACACUAUCACUGUAAACCUCUUUGGAGAUAACGCCUGUUGCUCGGCUGCUUUUGGGAAAACUGUCAUGGGCAACUUGGGAACAUGUCAUACUGCCAGCCAGCCUUUUGGAAGCAUUACCGAGGCUGUCGGACAGGGUAUGUUCGGCCGCAACAUCAAGGUGUGGGUUUGGGCCGAUUCCUCCUGCAGUGGCAACGCUGUAUAUUGGGAUAUCAGCAACCAGCCCUCGUGCUUCGUCAGUACCUAUCCGGCCUCGUUCCGCAGCUUUAAAAUCGAUGUUCUUCUCCCUAUUCUAGAUCCCAAGCUUACGCAAUAUCAGGGGACCGCAAAGGAGCUGCAGAGUGCGGAGAACGAAGAGGAAAGCGCUGUCCCAGUCCUUCACCAGCUUCCCGCAUCGGCAUGA